AUGAACACUCAGAAUGGAGACCUCAACUUAGAUUUAUUAAUGAGAAAAUCUCAGGAUGUUGCCGCCUUCCUUCCUGAUGAGCUCUCUUACCUCGUAGAAGCUUUCGCGCCUUCUCAGCCAGAACCAUCGCGCUCGAAAGCGUAUCUCGUGCUCUCUGCGUUCUGUCAAGGAAUGCGUUCGCAAAAUCCUCAGGAUCCUGGAUCAAACAAGUCUGCCACGGAAAUACUAGAGAAAGUUUUCCAGGAUCUUAUCAUCUCCCGUAUUUCCAAUCAUCAAGAGCAGGAUGCUAUAGUCAUUGGACUAUCUUUCUUCUCUGCAUUAUUCCACGUCGACUGGCAGUCCGCUUCUCGUGUUUUUGCGCAAGACGGCGUAGUGGAAUACGUGACAGAUGCCCUUGAUUUAUUUCCAUCAUCAGCUUCAGUUGCCUUAGAGGUCGCUCGUAUGAUCGGCCAAGCUAGUGGACACAAGGCAUGCCGGGCUCUGAUACCCGAGGAAAUCGUCACCUGGCUUGGGAACAAGUCACGUCAGGCUGCCGACAAAAACUUGCGCGCAGCAGCAGCUAUUGCCCUCGUAAAAUUAUCUCGAGGAGCGGCAACGGAUGCCUCAGAAGGCGCGGAUGCAUCUCAGGCAGCGUCAUCUACCUCCAAGGAUAUGGAGCUAUCAAAUCUACUGAAAGGAAUGGUCAUCAGUGACAAGGAUUCUCUAUCCUCCCUUAACGACGUUGUUGAAGGCCUUGCAUACCUCAGUGUUGACCCAAGCGUCAAGCAUGCCCUGGCGAAUGAUCCCAAAAAUAAGCCACUGCCAACGUCUACCAGUAAUUCUAGCCUCCUCUUUGGCAUUCUUCUCAUCAUAUCCAACCUCUGUGCCUAUCGUCCUCGCCUUAGUCAGGAAGACGCUCAGGUCGCCAAGCUGAAACGCAUGGCUAAGGCUGGUAAUGGAUCCAACAAGACGACGUCCGAGGAACCGCUAAAUGUAUUGGAAGAUGAUGCUACAGUUAGGUCCAGAUGUCGUCAAGCUCUUGCAAGUGGCGCCCUUGAUGUCUUGUCUUUGGCUUCUGGUGUAGAGAGCCAAGGCAUCAGACUUGCUUUGGGUAAAAUCUACCUAAACAUCGUGGAGGACAAAGAUAACAGAGGAAAGGUCCUCCAGAGCGGAGGUGUACGGAGUCUUUCUCGUGUUAUACAGUCGUCGUACUCCACAUCAUCAUCCACACCGAUUGAUACCUCUCUUCUCCCUGCGAUCCAGGCUUUGGCGAAAUUGACCAUCACAUCUUCUCCCCUUCAAGUCUUCGGGCCCGCUGAUGGCGCUAUGCUUGAUGCAAUAAGGCCACUGUCACAACUGCUGCUGCAUUCAUCCUCAAACCUCCUGCAACAAUUCGAAGCCUUAAUGGCCUUAACAAAUCUUGCUUCACAGAGCACAGGGUGUACCGAUCGCAUCUUUAGCACUCCUCAGCUUCUUAACAAAGUCGAGCUCCUCAUGUUGGAGGACCAUACACUCAUCCGCCGGGCAGCCACCGAGCUGCUAUGCAACCUUAUCGGGGGCUCAGAGAAGGCCUUUUUUAGGUAUGGCGGUUCUCCGGAUGUUCAUGCAACGAAGUCCAAGUUACAAGUGCUUCUUGCGAUGUCGGACAUGGAUGACCUUCCAACGAGACUCGCUGCAUCGGGUGCUUUGGCAACAGUGACCAGUGCGUCUACUGCUUGCCAGGCAGUAUUUGAACUUCAGUUGGAUCGUCACCGAGCAUUUUCAAUUAUUGCCCGUCUUAUUGACCCAUCUGUCACUUUGGAGGAUGACGACCCUGAUGACGACGAAGUAGCCAGAAAUCAGGGGCUUGUGCACCGUGGAGUUGUAUGCCUUUGCCACAUUCUCGAUCCCCAGCACGCCCUCCCUCGUAUAUCGCUCGCAGAAGAAGUAGAGAAGGCUGGUUUGGUGAAUGUCAUGGCCAGAUUGCUGAAAGGUGAACUUGGAUCAUUUGACACCGCUGUAACUACUCCUGCUGCUGAGGUUUUGGAGCAUCUGAUUGAGCUUAGAAAACCGGCUAUAUCUAAGAAGGCAGGCAAGAAGACUGCCCCGAAGUCAGGUGGGGCGACUAAAGUUGCCAAGGCAGAUUGGAAAGAAGGAUUCAAAAAGAAACAAGCCGGAGUAUCCGAUAUGACGCUUCUGACAACUAUCGACGACAAUAACAUCAAUGGAAACCUUCAGAAGCGUUGGACCGCCGGAGAGAUCUACACUUACAUCGGUGGCGUAUUAAUAUCCGUAAACCCUUUUAAAGAUCUAGGAAUCUAUACGGAUGAAACCCUCCAGAAGUACAAGGGCAAGAAUCGACUCGAAGUUCCUCCGCAUGUAUUCAGUAUCGCAGAAUCUGCAUACUAUAACAUGAAUGCAUACCACGAAAACCAAUGUGUUAUUAUAUCCGGCGAGUCUGGUGCUGGAAAAACCGAGGCUGCCAAACGCAUCAUGCAAUACAUCGCGGCCGUGUCAGGAGGGGAGGAUGGCAGUAUACAAGAGAUCAAAGAAAUGGUGUUGGCUACCAAUCCUCUAUUAGAGAGCUUUGGUUGUGCAAAGACCCUUCGCAACAAUAAUUCAAGUCGUCAUGGUAAAUAUCUGGAGAUUAUGUUCAAUACCCAUGGCGAGCCGAUCGGGGCUCAGAUAACGAAUUAUCUACUUGAGAAAGGCCGAGUGGUAGGACAGUUAGAGCACGAGCGCAAUUUCCACAUCUUCUAUCAGUUUACAAAUGCUGCGUCAGACGAGCAGCGAGAACAAUUUGGGUUGCAGGGCCCAGAAACAUAUAAUUAUACCGCCAGGAGCAAUUGCUUAGAGGUUCAGGGCAUCAACGAUUCAAACGACUAUGCGGACACACUGAAUGCCAUGAGGAUCAUUGGCCUCAGCAAUGAAGAGCAGAACGAAAUUUUUCGGAUGCUCGCAGUCGUUCUAUGGCUGGGGAAUGUCUCCUUCCAUGAGAUGGAUGAUGGAAAUUCGGCCAUCUCUGACACUGGAAUAACAGAUUUUAUUGCGUAUCUCAUAGAAGUAGACUCGGCGAUGGUUCAGAAGGUUCUGACGUCAAGAGUUGUCGAAACUCAGCGAGGGGGACGGCGAGGUUCUGUUUACGACGUUCCCCUGAAUCCCGCGCAAGCAACCGCUGGAAGGGACGCACUCGCAAAGGCGAUUUACAACAAUCUCUUCGAGUGGAUUGUUUCGAGAAUCAAUGUGUCGAUGAAAGCUCGAAGUGCCUCGGCACAAGUCAUUGGUAUACUGGAUAUCUUUGGUUUUGAAAUUUUCGAGGAUAACUCUUUCGAGCAACUAUGCAUCAACUAUGUCAACGAGAAACUCCAGCAGAUUUUUAUCGAAUUGACACUUAAGACCGAACAGGAGGAGUACGUCAGGGAGCAGAUCAAGUGGAAUCCUAUCAAAUACUUCAACAACAAGAUUGUCUGCGACCUCAUUGAAGAGCGCAAACCCCCUGGAAUAUUUGCUGCUUUAAACGACGCUUGCGCAACAGCGCACGCCGAUCCAGCCGCGGCAGAUAACAGUUUCGUCCAGCGGACGGCCAUGCUGUCUUCCAAUGUCCACUUCGAGGCCCGGGGAUCUCAGUUUUUGGUUCGUCACUACGCCGGAGAUGUCAUGUACAACAUCGCGGGCAUGACAGACAAGAACAAAGAUGCACUUGUAAAGGAUCUUUUUGACUUGGUCGGUAGUAGCGGCAACCAGUUCCUUCAGACAUUGUUCUCCGACAGACCCGAUCCCUCAAGCAAGAAGAGACCGCCCACUGCUGGUGACAGGAUCAAGGCGUCGGCAGGUGCUCUCGUGGAUAAUUUGAUGAAAGCUCAGCCUUCUUAUAUCCGAACAAUCAAACCAAACCAGAACCGUAGCCCGAGUGAAUAUGAUACCAAGGCCAUCUUGCAUCAAAUCAAAUACCUUGGAUUACAAGAAAAUAUUCGUGUACGUCGCGCAGGAUUUGCGUAUAGGAACACCUUCGAAAAAAUGGUGGAACGCUUCUACCUUUUGUCGCCUUCAACGUCGUACGCUGGUGAAUAUACAUGGCAGGGAGAUGCGAAAUCUGGCUGCGAGCAAAUUCUCAAGGACACGGGGAUAGCCAAGGACGAAUGGCAGAUGGGGGUUACAAAGGCCUUCAUCAAGAAUCCCGAAACACUGUUUGCGUUAGAGACUAUGCGUGACCGCUAUUGGCAUAACAUGGCGGCACGUAUUCAGCGAGCCUGGAGAAACUACUGGCGCUAUAAGAAUGAGUGUGCUAGGCGCAUUCAGAGGUUCUGGAAGAAUAACAAAGAAGCCCUCGAAUAUGCCAAAGUCCGCGACUAUGGUCAUCAGGUAUUAGCAGGAAGAAAAGAACGCAGGCGUUACAGUCUCCUCAGCUAUCGCCGUUUUCUGGGCGACUAUCUUGAUGUCAAUGGCAAGAACAUCGUUGGAUCUGACCUGCGCUCUGCCUGUGGUCUUGGUACGGAACAGGCUACAUUCAGCUCAAAAGUGCAAAUAUUGGUGUCCAAAUUUGGUCGGUCCAGCAAAGUUAGCCCACGUUUCCUUGUAGUGACUGCAAAAGCUGUGUACAUCGCGGCCACUUCUCAGAAGGAUGGUCAGAUACAAACCUCGCUUGAACGCAAAAUUCCCUUGGUAACAAUCAAAAGUAUAUCGAUGUCUAAUUUAAGGGAUGAUUGGCUGGCAUUGAACUGUAAUGCCUCUGAAGAGGGAGAUCCAAUUCUUCAUUGCUAUUUCAAGACGGAGUUGACCGCGAAUCUUCUUACGCUCACGCAAACUAGUAUCAACGUCUUGGUUGGCCCGUCGAUCGAAUAUGCGAAAAAGAAGGACAAGAAGGCACAGAUCCAAUUUGUCAGAGACGAGACGAUCGCAAAAGAUGAUGUAUACAAAAGCCACGCUGUGCACGUCCCGUCUGGCGAACCUCCGUCGAGCACCUCUCGACCUGCUGCAAGAAGAAAACCUGGUAUUGUUAGACCCAUCACCCAAGGAAAGCUCCUUCGCGCUGGUGGCCCCUCGGAUAAGGGGAAGAUAUCCAGGCCGAAGCCAGCCGCUCAACCACUGCCAGGGAAAUCUGCACAAUUUGCUGCCGUCAGGCCAACACCGGUGGCGCCUCCUAAAUCAGCCCCUUCGCCUCCUACUCGUAAUUCAGUUCCACCGCCACCGCCACCGCCGCCCAAGGAGCCCGAGGUAGAAUUAUACAAGGCAAAGUUCGCUUUUGAAGGUCAAGAAGGCGAGAUAUCUUUGAAGAAGGAUGAUACCGUGGAACUGGUUGAGAAGGAUGACAAUGGGUGGUGGCUUGUAAGGAAGGAUGGGCAAGAGGGCUGGGCCCCAAACAAUUACCUAGAACUUGUGCCGCCAAAACCCAAAGCGGCACCUACCAUCGUUGCCGCUCCUACCCCUGCUUCAGCUUCAAAACCAACUGUUUCGGCUAUGUCUGUGAAGUCAUUGGCAGCAGACGCGUCGGCUAAGCCCGUGGCUGUUUUCCCUGGCCUUGCGCCAUCGAAUGGCUCCGCAGCGCCUUGGAAGAAGUCUGCAGCUGUAUCAGCUAAUGGGUCACCAAGCAGUACACCCGCGAGCUCUCGCCCUUCGAGUUCAUUAGGAGUAAAACCCCCUCCUCCAGUGGCUACUAAACCUAAACCUGUGCCACCACCUAUCGCAUCGAAGCCAAGCGGUGGCAAGCCACCUCCUAAGCCACCUAUACCCACGGCCCCGCGAGCAGGUGCCGGCGCUGCGCCACCGAAGAUUUCCAAGCCUAGUGCACCUGCUGGUCAGAUGGACUUGGCUGCUGCGCUCGCGAAGCGUGCACAGAAGAUAGCCGAUGAGUGA